AUGCCGCUCAACUGGAAGCGUCGGCUACUGCGACAGAAGGGACCCGAGAUGGAACUGGAGGUCUACCUGCCCAGCGGUAGCAUGACCUCCCUGCAUGCCUCGGCCGAUGCCUUCGUGAGCGACGUGGAGGCCAUGGCCCAAAGCCAUUUCCACAUCGGCUUCCUGCGGCUGGUGUCCUCCAAAGGACUGUGCCUCGGGUCCUCUUUGAGUUUGAAGGAGGCUGGCGUGCAGGAUGGGGACGCGCUGACGGCCAUCGCUCAGCCGCUGAGCGUGGUGAGCACCUGCGGGGCCUUCGCCCUGUGGGUCACCGGGGGCGCGGUGGUUACCUGGGGCAGGGAGGAGGAAGGGGGCAACUCCUCCACGGUACGGGAGCAGCUGCGGCACGUGAUGCAGGUGGCCGCCUCCGACGGGGCCUUCGCGGCCAUCCUGACCAACGGCUCGGUGGUGACGUGGGGCGCGGGGGCCAAAGGCGCGGAUAGCCGGCAGGUGCAGCACCAGCUGAAGCAGGUGGUGAAGAUUUACGCCACGGAGUACGCCUUUGCGGCCAUUUUGUGCGACAACUCGGUGGUGACCUGGGGCAACCCCGCCUGCGGUGGCGACAAAGGCUCGCUGGAUCUGCAAGAGGUGAAAUCGAUCGCAGGCACCGCCCGCGCCUUUGCCGCCUUGAAGGUGGAUGGGACCGUGGUGACCUGGGGCAAUGAGUACGAGGGGGGCGACAGCCGCGGGGUGCAGCAGCAGCUUUACGGCGUGGUGUCGGUUCAGGCCUCCUCCGGCGCCUUCGCGGCGCUGCGCCAGGACGGCUCCGUGGUGAGCUGGGGACGGCCGCAGCUGGGCAGCGACAGCGGACAGGCGCAGCAGCAGCUCACGGAGGUGGUGUCGCUGCAGAGCUCCUUGCGCGCCUUCGCGGCUCUGAAGAAAGACGGGCGGGUGGCUACCUGGGGCGAAGCGCGGGACGGGGGCGACAGCUGGGCGGUGCAGGACCAGCUCCAGAACGUGGAGCUGAUCCAGGCCACCGGCAGUGCAUUCUGCGCUUUGCGGGAAGAUGGGACGGUGGUCUGCUGGGGCAACCGACUCUGCGGGGGCGAGAUGGGCGUGGACGGCCUGGGCAAAGUGAAGCAGAUCUCCGCCUCCCACACCGCCUUCGCGGCCAUCUUGACGGAUGGCUCGGUGGUGACCUGGGGCGACCCGAGGCACGGCGGGGACUCCUCGGCUGUGAAGGAGCAGCUGGUGCACGUGGCCCGGAUCCAGGCCACCGCGCGCGCCUUCGCGGCCAUCCGCGCCGACGGCCAGGUGGUGACAUGGGGGGACCCCAACUUUGGGGGCGACAGCAGCGGCGUGAAGGAACAGCUGGAGAAGCUGUAG